GAAGCAAUGAUGGAAAAAAAACACUUGUCAUAUUUGAACCUGAGUCAUUUUCCAGUAUUUCAAGCAUCUCCCGAGUGUUGUGGUGGGAUUAACGGUCUCUGUAUAUUAAUAUUUGCCAAUAUUCUGAGAGCGAUCAACAAUUAAGACGUCAUCCCCCUAUUCACUAGGUCCUGUCCUGUCGUAUAUUCCGCCAUGAUCUCCACACUUUGCAGAUCAUGUGUUGUGAAAAACAUCCACAUCAUUUUAUCAUGGCUCAUCAUAGAAGAAGCCUUCAAGUAAUCAAUACUGAUAACGAUUGAUAUCGAUGAUGGGGAUACCUGAGUGAUCAGUCCCCACGAAUCUUGCAAGAGAUACAACUCGUGGUUUUGUUAUCCCCAAGUGGAUUUGGUCAUGACACCAUAAGUGUACAUCACUCUACAAUAAUGGAGAAUAAAUUAGCCCCCGGGGAUAAUGUCUGGAUUAAUAAUCCGUCAAACACCGAGUUCAGUGUGCUCCUGGGGGGAAAGAUCACCGCACUCGACACGAAGACAAUUACAAUUAAAGAUGAUGAUGGCAACGUUCUGGUCAUCCCGAAGGAUCGAAUCGCAAAGCACAUGCACCCCACCUCUAUCUCAGGUGUCGAAGACAUGAUAAAACUGGGAGACCUUCAGGAAUACGCAAUCCUAAAGAAUCUGCAUAUGAGAUACGCGAAGAACCUCAUCUACACGUACACCGGAAGUAUGCUGGUUGCAAUUAAUCCGUAUCAGAUCCUCGACAUCUACACCCCUAAGGAGAUAUUGGCCUACCAGGGCAAGAAAAUCGGCGAACAGCCACCGCACAUCUUCGCUGUCGGUGACAAUUGCUUCACCGAGAUGAAGACAACCAGAAGAAAUCAGUGCAUAGUCAUCAGUGGAGAGAGUGGAGCCGGCAAGACCGAGAGCACUAAGUUGAUCCUGCAAUACCUAGCAGCAAUCAGCGGCGAGCAUUCUUGGAUAGAGCAGCAGAUCCUCGAGGCGAAUCCCAUCCUCGAGGCCUUUGGAAAUGCUAAAACAGUCCGCAACGAUAAUUCAUCGAGAUUUGGAAAAUACAUCGACGUGAAUUUCAACAAGUCAGGGGCAAUCGAGGGCGCCAGGAUCGAGCAGUACCUGUUGGAAAAAUGCCGACUUGUUCAUCAGUCCCAGGGGGAGAGGAACUACCACAUUUUCUACUCGAUCCUCGCAGGACUCUCGAAAGAAGAGAAAAAGAGACUAGGGCUGGGAAGUGGUGGCUACAAGUACCUCUGCGGUACCUCAGAAUGCCGAGGAAGAAACGAUGAAAAAGAGUUCGCUGAUGUCCGGGCAGCCAUGAAGAUCCUCAACUUCACUGACGACGAGUUUACAAGUAUCAUUGAACUGCUCUCCUCGAUCCUACACCUGGGGAACUUCAACUACAAGUCAGCAGUCGUGUCGAACAUGGACACCUGUGAAAUUCAGGAGGAUGCAUCUGUGAAGAUGACUGCUGAGAUCCUUGGAGUGGGAACGAAACAGCUGAAGGAAGCAUUAACGAGAAGAACAAUUUUUGCACAUGGCGAGAGGGUUGUCAGUAAUCUAUCCAGGGAGCUUGCUGUUGAGGUGAGAGAUGCCUUUGUCAAGGCUGUUUACGGUCAGUUAUUCAUUAUGAUUGUCGAGAAGAUCAACACGACGAUAUUUAAGCCCAAAACAACCACCAAGAACUCGAUUGGGAUUCUUGAUAUAUUUGGAUUUGAGAACUUCGAUCACAAUAGUUUCGAACAGCUCUGCAUCAACUACGCGAAUGAACAUCUCCAACAGUUCUUCGUCCGUCAUAUUUUCAAGAUCGAGCAGGAGUACUACAGUGGAGAGGGAAUAUCGUGGAAGCACAUUGAUUUCAAGGACAACCAGGAGGUGCUGGACUUGAUUGGAAUAAAGCAGUUGAAUGUAAUGGCUCUUAUUGACGAGGAAAGUAAAUUCCCCAGAGGAACUGAUCUCACUCUCCUGGCGAAGACACAUCAAGUGCACAGUGGAAAUGAUAAUUAUAUAAAGCCGAAAUCCGAUUUAGUGAAGGCUUUUGGAAUAAGACACUUCGCUGGAGCUGUCGAUUACGAAGUCCAUGGAUUUUUAGAUAAGAAUCGCGAUACCUUCUCCGCAGAUUUGAAGCAACUGAUUAUGAUAUCCUCGAACAAAUUCUUGAAGUCUAUCUUCCCAGAAGAUAUGCUGUCCAUUGAUGGAAAAAAACGCUCGCCCUCAUUGUCUUUGGGGUUUCGAUCGUCUUUGGAACUGUUGAUGAGAACCCUCGAGAGCUGCAACCCCUUCUUUGUGAGGUGCAUCAAACCGAAUGACGAGCAAAUGCCCGGGCUUUUCGAUCGGCAUUUGUGCUGCCGACAGCUGCGGUACUCCGGGAUGAUGGAGACUGCCAGCAUCAGAAGGGCUGGCUACCCAAUUCGUUACAGUUAUCAGGAGUUUUAUGAGCGAUUCAGAGCUUUAAUCAGGGGACGGACAGUGAAGGACCAGAGGAAAGCCGCUCAGGCGAUUUGUCAGAGUAUUCUGGGAGAUGGGAACUUGGAUUAUCAGCUGGGGAGGACGAGGGUCUUUCUCAAGGAGCAGCAAGAUUUUAUUCUGGAGCGAGAGAGAGGGCAGGUCAUCGCCAGGAGCAUUAUUGUCAUUCAGACAUACGCUAGGAGAUGGAUCGCCCGGCGAAGAUACUUGAAAAUAAAAAAAUCAGCCUUGAUAAUUCAACGCGUAUGGCGGGGUCAUGGUCCCCGGAAGAAGUACCUGAAGUUGAAACGGGGGUACCAGCGACUGCAGGCGUGCAUCAGGUCGCGCAUGAUCACUCAUUCAUUCCGCAAGAAAAGGAAAUUCGUGGUGGCUCUGCAGGCGCUGUUCCGUGGCUAUCUUGUUCGCGGUCUCUACAGAAAAAAAUCCCAGUGGCGAGAGCAGAGGCUCCACGAGAUAAAGAAGGUACAAACUGACGAGGAGAACCGGUUGAAAGCCAGUGGCAACUCUGAUUGGAAAGCAAUUGCAGCAAAGAAUCAUGAGAAUCGAUUGAGAGAAUUGCGAGAGUCAAUGAUUCAUUUUGAGAGGAAUGAGAUGGAGGCUCCGGCGAAGGAGCCUCAGGAGAGUAAUAUCGACACCAUUUUCGAAUUUUUGAAGGAAGAGCCACCGACACCCGGGGUCAAGGAGUUACCUGCAGACAUGUACGCAGACCUUCCAUCAAAACCAAAAGCCCCAUCAGAUACAACAAGUAUUUUGGAGCUCCCUCAGGAAGAAGAGCCCGACGAUCUCUCGGCCUUCCACUUCAGUAAGUUCGCAGCCACCUACUUCGCAGCUAAUAUUGCCCCUCAGUACUCUAGACGCCCGUUGAAGCAGUCCCUCCUGGACCUUCCUCUGCCGUCUGAUCAACUGUCCUCCGAGGCCCUCUGGAUCACCAUCUUGCGAUUCAUGGGGGACCUCCCUGAGCCACGAAAUCCCAUAGACACCCCCGAGAGGAAAACCGUUAUGUCAACAGUCACUGAAACCCUGUCGAAGGCCUUCGCCAGAUCUAAAGAGUACCAAGAGCUGAUGAAUCACAGCAAGCCCCAAGAAAGGGCCCUCAUUCGAAUGACCCUGAAGAGGCAGAAUAAAUUGCACGACCACAUCAGACGAGGUAUCCUCGAGGAUGAGUACGUUAACGAGAGUUACGGGCAUUGGUUCCAGACUCGCAGUACAAACCUCGAGAAACUGCACUUCAUAAUCGGCCACGGAAUUCUCCGUCCCGAGCUCAGAGAUGAAAUUUAUUGUCAGAUCGUAAAACAGCUGACGAAUAAUCCGAGCAAAGCGUCGCACGCACGAGGCUGGAUUCUUCUAUCGCUCUGCGUGGGCUGUUUCUCGCCCUCCGAACGUUUCAUCAACUACCUCCGGUCUUUCAUAAGAUCAGGGCCGCCAGGAUAUGCGCCGUACUGCGACCGACGACUCACGCGGACUUACAAAAACGGUUCAAGGACGCAGCCCCCAAGUUGGCUGGAGCUCCAAGCGACGAAGAAUAAGAGUCCAAUUCUCCUAGGGGUGACCUUCAUGGACGGGGCAUCCAAGACAAUUGAGGUGGACUCUGCCAGCACCUCUCAGGAAGUCGUCGAGGCAGUGGCCGGGAGCAUAAAUCUACGCGACAUCUUCGGAUUCUCAGUAUUUAUCACUCUUUACGAUAAAGUUCUGUCACUCGGCGCAGGAAAGGAGCACAUUCUGGACGCUAUUUGCCAGUGUGAGCAGUACGCCAGGGAGCAGGGUCAGUCAGAGCGCUCGGUUCCCUGGAGAUUAUUUCUGCGAAAAGAGAUCUUCGCUCCCUGGCACGACCCAACGCUCGACAGUAUCGCGACAAAUCUUAUUUAUCAUCAGAUCACUAGAGGAAUUAAACAGGGAGAGUACAGGUGCAGUCACGAAGGGGAUAUUGCGAUGGUUGUGGCCCAGCAAUUGUAUGUUGAUCAUCAGAAGAGAAUGACGGAGGAUAAUGUGAAAAGUGCUAUGCCCUUGUACAUCCCCACACAUCUCCUCCAGGGGACGGUGAACGAGGCCCUGAAGAAAUGGCAGAAACUGACUCUAAAAGCUUACGAGCAGAACGUUAAUGUUAUCGAAGGGGCGCCCGUUAUCAAAGCGAAGGAGGACAUCGUAAUGUUCGCGAAGAUUACGUGGCCCAUCCUCUUCUCAAGGUUCUACGAAACCGUGAAGACAUCGGGACCUGAGUUGUCUACUAACAAUGUCAUCGUUGCUAUCAACUGGACUGGAAUUUAUUUUAUUGAUGAUCAAGAACAAAUGCUGUUGGAAAUGUCAUUUCCAGAAGUAGCUGAGGUGACAGUUCAGAAUUUUCAGGGGAGUUCGUCCAAGAACAUUGUCAUAACGACUGUCCAGAGAGAGGAAUGGAUACUUCAGACGUUUGACGCUGAAGAUCUAGCUUCUCUUAUAAAUUUCCUAGUGGAUGGCCUCAAGGAGCGGUCGAUCUACGUAGUUGCCACUCAGGACUACAUGAACGAUGUGACAGCUGGCCCAGGUGAGACUUCCUGCUUGUCUCUGAGAAGAGGAGAUCUGGUGAAGUUAGUCGGAUGCAAGGGGCACUCUAUCAUGACAUCUCAGUGGGGAUACGGAGAGGGAUUGAAUGGAGAGCAGGGGGAGUUCCUUUCGGAGUGUGUUUAUGUGAUACCAACUGUCGGGAAACCGCCGCAAUCCAUUAUAGACAUCUUCAGGACUGACUAUACAACGAAGAAUACACUGGCUCGCAGGAGAAUGGAGAAAACUGAGCCGAAAUCGUAUUCUUUGAAGAGAUUCGCGCAGGAGCACUUCAGACAGAGCUUCAAUGUCACCCUCUCGAGAGGAUCGACAAUAUCCUCGGCCAAGGGAACAGUGCAAGAGACUCUGUUCAAGCACACCAGGACUCCGAUGAAGGCUGCACUUCUGGCGAGAGUCUGCGAGGAUUCGGAAUUGUCACAAGUGGCAGUCAGCAUCUUCACAAAUAUUCUGAGGUAUAUAGGGGACUUACCUAGUAAUCGUCAGCGUUUGGGUACUGAGUACACGAAUCUGAUAUUUGCACCUGCGCUGGAACACUCGCACCUUCGGGAUGAAGUCUAUUGUCAGAUCAUUCGACAAUUGACGGAGAAUAAGAUUAGGUUGAGCGAAGAAAGGGGGUGGGAGCUGAUGUGGCUGGCCACGGGUGUCAUGUCGUGUUCUACGAAUGUCCAGAAAGAAGUUGAGAUGUUCCUGAGGGCCUCGAGGACCCCCAUUGCUGUCGAUUGCUUGAAUAGACUGAAGAGAACGGUGAAGUAUGGGAAUAGGAAGUAUCCACCGUACAUUCUUGAGGUGGAAGCCAUCAGGUUCAAGAGCCUUCAGAUUUUCCAUAAGAUUUAUUUUCCCAACGAUACCGAUGAAGCCUUUGAGGUGCACUCUUUGACGAAGGCGGUCGAUAUUUGCGAGGAUAUUGUGGAGAGAAUGCAGCUGAAGAACAAUGAUGGAUUCAGUCUCUUCGUCAAAAUUUCUGAUAAAGUGUUUUCUGUGCCACAUGAGUAUUUCUUCUUUGACUUUGUUCAUGAGUUGAUGGAGUGGAUGAAGAAGUCGAGACCCUCGAAGUCGUCUGGCAUUACUCAGGUGCAGUACCAAAUAUUCUUCAUGAAGAAGUUGUGGGUUAAUUGCUGUCCGGGACGGGACCCUAAGGCGGACGAUAUCUUCUACUUUCAUCAGGAGUUGCCAAAGUAUCUCAGGGGAUACCAUAAUUGCAGCAAGCAGGAUGCUAUUAAGCUUGCAGCGCUUAUUUAUCGGAGUAAAUUUGGGAACGCCAAGGACGAGAUGGCACAGGUGCCUUAUAAACUCAAGGAGUUCAUUCCUGCUGAUAUUGUCCAUGUGUAUCGACCAAAUGAUUGGAAGAAACAUAUCUCCUCGUCAUAUAAUCAACAAUCAGGAAUGAGUCAAUAUGACGCGAAACUCCAGUUUCUCCAGCACAUUUACCAUUGGCCCACCUUCGGUUCAGCAUUUUUCGAAGUGAAACAAUCGACAGAACCGAGUUUUCCAGAAUCCUUGAUAAUAGGAAUCAAUAAAAACGGUGUGAGUGCGAUUCACCCGCAAUCAAAAGAAAUUCUCGGGAUGUGGAACUUUACGGAACUUUCCAACUGGUCCUCCGGAAAUACUUACUUCCACAUGUCGAUAGGGAACUUCAUGAAGGGACAGAAAAUCCUCUGCGAGACUGCUCAAGGGUAUAAGAUGGAUGAUUUGAUAUCUUCCUACAUUCACUACCUCAAGUCGACGUUGAAAAACAAGGAAUCGGAGGUUGGCGUAAAUUAUCAAAUUAGCUAAGCACAUGAAUUUCGUAAGUUUUAUUAAUUUGUAAUUAUUGAUACUGAAGCAUGGGUAGAAUAUGCAUGUAGCAUGUAUUCUGAUAGUUAUUAAAUAUCCUCUGAGAACGUAAUUUUAUUAACUGUUUUUAUCAAUCCAAUCUACAGUUGUUCGUUCUUGGGCUUGUAACAAAUUCUUUUAAAAACGAACAACAAAAUAAAACGGUCAUUGUAGUAAAUCAACAAAUGCAUGUUUUAUCAUAUUUAAUUAUAUAUAAUACUGACACAUGAGUAGAUUAUGCAUGUAGCAUGAAAACAAAAUUCUCUUUAUCGAUUUCUCAAUUAUACUCCAUUUCACCGCACCAAAUUCGUAAAUCGUAACGACCAAGAGACUGUGCGCUAUUCCAAAACAUCCACAAGAUGAUUUCCACUGCUCUAAGCUCCAUUAAUCAAUUCAGUUCUGGUGGUAACAACCAAAGAGAACAUUAGAUCAAUUUGGAGAACAAAAUGUUCCCAUCAGUUGUUACCUACCUCAAUUGGUUUCAUCAUUCCUGAU